UCCAACAUGGCGGCCUCCGUUCGGCAUGUACGGCAAAUUUUGAUGCAAGGUUUUCGUGUAAAAAGUGGUGUUUCAUGUUACAGUAGAUCAGUUUAUUCAAUUGCGAAGAGUUUUUCAACACAGAAGUUAUCGUCACUUGAUUUGAAAGUAGAAACAGCCGAAAAAUAUGUCGAAGGAGCUAAACCUUCAAGUGAUGUCACCAACCCGUUAAAGGACCCAGAUUUCUUUAAGGUGAAGGAUCUUGUCAAACUUCAAGAGCUGUUUGACUCCAGGGUACACAUCGGCCAUAAAGACGGCCUAAUCAACCCACACAUGAAGAAGUACAUCUUUGGCAUUAGACAGAACCAGUGCAUCUUAGAUCUUGACCAAACAGUGGACCUUCUUCAAGAAGCGUUGAACUUCACAGCCCAUAUCGCUUACCGUGAUGGCGUCAUCCUAUUCAUCAAUCGCACACCACAGUUUUCAUUUCUCACUGAGAACACAGCUAAGGAGUGUGGGGAGUAUGCACACACACGUCAUUGGCAGGGAGGUUGUUUCACUAAUGCACCGAUCCAAUACGGUCCGGGUACACGACUCCCUGACCUUCUGGUCUUCCUUCAUACACUAACAAACACCUUCACUGAGCAUUUAGCGGUCACUGAUGCUGCUAAAAUGAACAUCCCAACGGUUGGGAUUGUGGACUCUAACUGUAACCCUAAUCUGAUAUCAUAUCCUGUACCUGGGAAUGAUGAUACCCCCGCUGCUGUCGAGCUUUAUUGUAAGCUCUUCAAGACGGCCAUUUUAAGAGGAAAGGCUAAGCGGAAAGAGAUAAUGGAGAUGCAGUAAAGAGGCACAAAAACUUUAUCAUCAGAUUGAAAAUAUAUCUUAAGGAUUCUGGAAAGAGCAGAUGGUGUUAUCUCUAGAAAUAUUUCCAUGAACAAAGUAUCUGUGCUGCUGCCACUCAUCUAUCAAGAUUGCGAAAAUUUAAAAUUCUUGUUCUACUUUGGGCUAUCUGCUCAGUUCAGUAUACAAAUUUACCGAUUGUCCCUCCACUUGGGGCAGUUUUGGCCAGCUAUAUACAUGUAGUCACAACAAAAAUUUCCUCAAAGUUUGUGUAGAAUCAGAAUGUUUGUGUAGAACAAUUUUGCUACUUUUCAAAUAAGGGAGAAAAUUGUUUUUUGGGGGGUUUGUGAAAAGAGAGAAAGAAAGGUUCAAUAAAUACACUAAUUCUUUUGACAUUCAUAAGUGUGGACUCAUAUA